UUCAGAUUCAGCAAAUACACAAACGAUACUUUUAGUUCCAUCAUACUCGUUCAGUUUUCAGUAAGCACUGGAGUUAUUUGUGUGACAGUCUACUCCUUAUCCCAGAUACCGGUCAGCCAUCCUUAUUUUCCUGUAUUAAUGAUUUAUUUAGUAUGCAUGCUGGUGCAGCUUUUUCUCUAUUGCUACACUGGUACCGAAGUAACUCUCAAGAGUGCUGAUGUGGCUGACGCUAUUUACUGCAAUGUUGAUUGGUGGACAACAAGUGUUGAUGUGCAAAAAAAAUUAUUAUUCAUGAUGUUAUGCAGCUCAGAUUUAGUAACAUAUACUUGUGGGAAAAUCUUUGAUUUAUCCAUCGAAUCAUACAAAAAUAUAGUCAAGUUAUCUUAUUCGACAUAUAAUGUUCUCCAACAAUCAUAA